AUGACUAUCCUAACAAUUAAAGAUGUCAUCAAACUUUUAAUUACACGAAUUUGCACUCGAAUGAACCUUAAUGAAAGCGAUAGUGAAGAUAUCAUCAAUCACAUCUCAAUUAAUCUCUCCCCUCAACAAAUUUCACAUUUUACAGACUUAGCUGCCAAACUAAAUGCUCGCAGGUUGCGAAAUGAUCACAAUAUAGAAGAUGUUAUGAUUGACGGAUGUAAUUUUGAUGAUAAUAUUACUGCAAUGGUAAAAGAAUAUCUUGAUGCUAAACGAAGAAAUGACGACCCAUUUACCAAAGGCAUCAAUUUUUAA